GCCCCUUCCCCACCACUGUAUUCUACCGUUGUUUACGUAAAAUACGUUUCAUUGGUCGGGGUGACAAAGAGAGCGAGCAGAGACGGUCGGAGAAGGAAUAAAAAAAGAAUUUUCUGAAAUGCUGAGUGGAUUUUAGAUAGCGUUUUACUUCGGAACCGCAACGUCAAGCUACUUUUCAGAUUCCGUGGCCAAAUCUGGUGGAUUUCAAGAAUCCUAUCCGCGUGUAUGGAGUUUUAUAAGACGGAAGGGUCAUUGAACAGAGCUUUUAAUUUGGGCUAUUGGAAAAUUCGCAUUUGAAUCGUUGGUUGGGUAGAGCAAGGAAGCCGCCAUGGCUGGUGCUACUGGAUCGUUGAGUCUCCACCUCAGAAUAUGAACAAAUACCCUACUUUUGUGCUCUAAUUUUCUCAUGACUAACAACGUUGUUGCUGUCAUUUUAAGGAGCACCGAAUACAGGAAUAAUUUUACAUGUGUCAAUCUACGUGUAUGAAUCUGACGCGAUCCAGAACAAGAAAAUCGGUGUUUUUUUUUUCGGGGGACACAGGGAGAAGGCCGGUUUCAUGACUAUUUCUUUACUGACACCGACUUGUAAAAGGCCUUGAUUGCAAACGACGAAGAGACUGUUUUAAAAAGGAUGGUUUGAAAGAAAGACUGUCAGUGGAUGGGAGAAGGUAGCGAAUCAGCUGAAGAAAAUCGACAGAAAGGAGUGAACGGGCGACGGUGUAGCUUUUUCCUUUGCGUAUUUUGUGAAAAUAUCACUUAUAGAGGUCUUUGAACAGUGACCCAGUUGAUCAAAAGUGUCAAUCGGCCAAUCGACAAAAAACAGGGAUUAACGAUUGGAAUAUGUCUGGUCGGCCAAGAACCACCUCCUUCGCAGAGAGCUGCAAACCAGUGCCGCAGCCUUCAGCAUUUGGCAGCAUGAAAGUCAGCAGAGAUAAGGACGGCAGCAAAGUGACAACAGUCGUGGCGACUCCAGGCCAGGGGCCAGACCGGCCACAGGAGGUCAGCUACACGGACACCAAGGUGAUCGGAAACGGCUCGUUCGGCGUGGUCUACCAGGCCAAGCUGUGCGACUCCGGUGAGAUGGUGGCCAUCAAGAAGGUCCUCCAGGACAAGAGGUUCAAGGUGAUGAAGGACUUUUCCAUUCAUUCCAAUGGGAAACCAUCACGGUUACACUUUAAACAUAACAUUUGUAUAUUUACGCUUCGAAUUCUGGUACAGCAUUUAUAUCACAGCUACCCAAGGGUCUUACGAAGAUAACUACGUUUUCAGAUUUUAAUUUUAUGCAUUUUUCCCAACGCGAGAUGUCAGGGUUCAGGCUUCUAAGAUGACCUACAAUCUGGACUGGGCCAUUCU